GUCCAGGUCUGGCCUUUUUAGCGUAUCCUCAGGCCGUCACCCAGCUGCCCAUGUCCUCUCUUUGGGCCAUCCUCUUCUUCUCCAUGCUCAUGAUGCUGGGCCUGGACAGUCAGUUCUGCACAGUAGAAGGCUUCAUCACAUCUCUGAUGGAUGAGUAUCCCAUGCUGCUGAGGAAGAGGAAGAAGCUCUUCAUCCUUUGUGUCUGCCUCGUCUCCUUCAUCAUCGGCUUCUCCAACAUAACACAGGGUGGUCUGUACGUGUUCAAGCUGUUUGAUUACUACUCUGCCAGUGGGAUGUGUCUCCUCUACCUCGUCUUCUUUGAAACCGUUUCCAUUUCCUGGAUCUACGGAGCUGAAAGGUUUUACAAGGACAUUGAGAGCAUGAUCGGCUAUAGGCCAUGUGGCUGGUGGAUGCUCUGUUGGAAGUACUUCACUCCGCUGAUAUGCCUGGGGGUGUUUACCUUCAGUGCCAUUGAGAUGACCCCUCUGACCUUGGGGAAGUAUGUGUACCCGAUGUGGGGCCAGUUGAUUGGCUGGUUCAUGGCUUUGUCUUCCAUGAUUCUGAUCCCGGGCUAUCUCAUCUACAUGUUCUCUGUCACCAAGGGCAGCAUCAAACAGCGUUGGCGAAAGAUGAUAACACCGCGGGAUGAUAAGAAGCCAUCGGGGCAUGAAGAAUUCACACACACAGGGAGCGUGGGCGAAGCUCGUGUCUAGCCAGGAUCGUUCAGGUUGAAAUAAUUCCCAUCUGCCAGGACUUACUAUAGUCAACAUUGAAUUUGACAAUUGAACAGAUGGGGUCUUGUAAAACAAUUUACAAUCAUUACUUUCUCCAUCAUACAUAUUAUGGAAAACUUGAAAAUGAUGAGACACUUUUUAAAAUAAAUGUAGAAUAUAGAAUAUUUCCUGUUGCAAUAAAAGAGUAAACUCUGAUUGAAUGUUAUAGAUCAGCAUUGAACCUGUGUACAUAUAUCACAAAUAUACCAUUCAUGUGACUGUAUAUCUUUCUCCUAUACUUGUAUAUUUUCUCUUCCAUUCAACAAAACCACUGUCUUGGUCUAAAAGCUUACCACACAUGUCUUAAAUGUGUUGCACAGAAAAAUAACACAAAUCUGGUAAAACUUGAUUCUAGGUGUAAAACUGUAAUGCAUCAAAAAUGGUUUGCUUUUGGUAGCUUAAAGAACCAACCAGCCACUGUGAUAUUUUUUCCAGCAAUAAAAUAUGUGGGUCAUCCA